UAAUAAAAUGUAACCAAUAGUAACCCGAAAGUUUAAGUCAAAUGUAAUAUUUCAAUCAAACCUAGUUGCCCUGGUGUUUUCUGCGAUUUCAUCUCAAAACAAACAAGCAGUAGUGCUUCGGUUUUUUGGAGCGCACACGUUUAAGAGAGCACCCACAUUUAAUAUUUGCUUGGAUAAAAAAUCUGUUCCGUUUUCAUUCCGGUUAAUCAAAAUAAUCAGUUUUCUGGCGCUAUGGUGAAGACAAAUAUAUCGCUUAAGCUGCGGCGUUUGGUGCGAUCUUCCUGGACGGUCAUUUUUAACGACCAUUUCUGUUGGACCUUUAUCAAAAGCUAUGGACUUUUCCUUUUGGCCAUACCGCUGGCCAAGAUCUUUGAUGGUUUCCAAUUAAUGCCCACCAAACGGAUUUGUGCCUAAUAACAUUAAUAAUUUCAAGUCAAGAAAUAUUUUAACAUAAAUUCCCAAAGAGACCAUUGGAAUCAAUUUUUUUGGGAAGAACCAAACAUUUAUAGGCAGCCUGCUGUACUCUCCAAAUCGGACAUUAAAUUAAAUUUAAUUUAACAAAUGAUCAAAAUUGAAUCAAUUUUUUAUAUGUUAUUUGAAAAGAUAAGAGUUGGCAAAUAUAAUAAGUGAAAAUGAAAUUAA